GUUUCAAGGAAGAAAACCCAUGGUUCGUAGGCAUAUAUUAAAAUUGGUUGCGCUGCUACACGCCAUCGAAGAACUUGCUUCCCUCUCAUCGACAUCGUAACGAAACUCAAAUCAUGGGGAAAAAUGAUGAAAUCUGUAUAACAGGUUAUGUGACGGUCUUGUGUUUUCUACUUACUUUACUCUCUGGAAUGGUGUGUGGACAAGGUUGCUCUCCAAAGAAUUACGGCACCAAUAAAUAUGUGUGUGUGUGCAACGCCACCUACUGCGACAACUUGCAUCCCCCAGAAGAACUGCUUCAACCUGGAUACUACCUGCAGUACACUUCAACACAGAAGGGAAAACGUUUGCAGCCUAUAUCAAUGGAAAUCUCUACACAAGCGCCAACAACUGGAAAUGUGUGGAAUUUGUCGAGUUCAGUGCAGUACCAGGAGAUUCUUGGCUUCGGCGGGGCGAUCACUGACGCCGUGGGCAUCAACUUGGGCACACUCAGCAACGACGCCCGAGAAAUUCUGCUCAACCAAUACUAUGGUCCGCAAGGCAUCGGCUACACGUUCGUCCGAACUCCGAUAGGUGGAAGUGACUUCUCACUUAGAUUCUACACUUACGAUGAUGGCAUCGCAGACCGCACCCUCUCACGCUUCAAACUCGCAGAAGAAGAUUACAAGUACAAGCUCCCUUACUUGAAGUAUAUCAAGCAGCUCUCAGAUCCCAAGGUGAUAACUGCUCCCUGGUCACCACCGGAGUGGAUGAUGGAAGCAAGGAACGCCACUGUGGGGUUCACACGUCUGAAGGACCAGUAUUAUCAGAUCUACGCCGAAUACUUCGUCAAUUUCUUGCAAGCUUACCAAAAGGAAGGGAUUGAUAUUUGGGGUCUGACCGCUCAGAAUGAACCUGGAGACGGCUACUACGUGUACUUCGGCAUUAACAGCUGCGGGUAUUCCCCCGAAGAAGAGCGCAACUUUGUCGCCAAUAACUUGGGCCCAACAUUGCAGAAGAAUAAUUUCGGGAAAGUGCUCAUUCUCGGCUGUGAUGACCAGAGGACAGUUCUUCCAGAAUGGGCAGAAGUGAUGCUUAGUGACGAGACGGCUUCUAAGUACGUGAGUGGCACAGCAGUGCACUGGUACUUCGAUGAUGACUACCCUGCAUCGCGUCUGACACGACUUCACGAUUCGUUUGAAGAUAAAUUCAUCCUGUACACUGAGGCCUCCUACAUUCCUGGCGCUAACGAACCGGCUGUUCUCUUUGGAGAAUGGAAAAGAGCGGAGAAAUUGGCAAAGGAUAUUAUCGAUGUUAUCAACCACUGGGUGAGCGGGUGGAUUGACUGGAACCUUGCCCUCAACACCGUCGGAGGGCCGACUUAUCUGAAUAAUAAUCUGGACGCUGCAAUUAUUAUCAACGCUACGGCCAACGAGUUCUACAAACAGCCCAUCUUCUAUGCACUCGCCCAUAUGUCCAAAUUUGUCCUUCCGGGAUCCAAGCGCAUCCAGCUGGAUGCUACUGAUGACAGUGGCAUCGAAAACGUGGCUUUCCUCAGACCCGAUAACAUUGUGGCAGUGGUGCUUCUUAACAGUAACGAUGACGCCAGAAGCAUCACUCUGCGGACGGACGCAAACACGUACAUCCCUGUCAUACUUGAUGGCCACUCGCUCAAUACAGUCAUCUACAACAAAGCCUAGGGGAGCAGGGAAAGUUGUGGUUUCUACUGCCACGUAACCUAAUAAUAGAGACAUACAUAUAAUGGAUGUAAUUUUCUUAGCCAUCUAAUAAUAAGCCAAGAAUAAAGUAAAGCAUCUUGAUGAAAUGAA